CUAAAUUUCAACUCCAUGUUUUGUUAUAUUAAUUUUUUCCUGCGCAUGUGAAUUUGUUUUUGUUCUAAAACGCCAUCAUUUUUUUUUUCUGUAAAAACAGUAGUUUAUAUUGAAAAAGUUUCAGUUUUCGUAUUACAAUAUUCAAGAAUUUGCAACUGAAAUUUCUCAUACUAUACAAUUUUGCUUUCGGAGGAGAAUUUUCCUAUGCCCCAUCUUCCACUGCAAAGUUUCUCUUCAAUACCUUUGAUCGAAAGAUUCAAGAUUGGAAGAUGCUGUGUCGAAUGCUACGGCGGAAGAGGAAGACUGGGGUUGUUCCAGUUUACCUGAAUGUGUACGAUCUCACUCCCAUCAAUGGAUAUGCUUACUGGCUUGGCCUUGGUGCUUACCAUUCUGGGGUUCAAGUUCAUGGAGUUGAAUAUGCAUUUGGUGCUCAUGAACAUCCGACUACUGGGAUAUUUGAAGUGGAACCGAAGCAAUGCCCUGGUUUCACAUUUAGAAAAUCAAUUCUUAUAGGAAGAACAGACUUGGGUCUAAAAGAGGUCCGUUCGUUUAUGGAGAAAUUGGUAGAGGAGUAUACUGGCAACUCAUACAAUCUAAUCACAAAGAAUUGCAACCAUUUCUGCAGUGACAUUUGCGUUCGGUUAACAGGGAAGCCGAUUCCUCGAUGGGUUAAUAGACUGGCACGACUUGGCUUUCUGUGCAAUUGUGUCCUCCCAGCCAGUUUGAAUGAGGCAAAGAUCCGGCAUAUUAGGGCAGAAGAUAGGACCAUUGAGAAGAAAAAACUACGAAGCCAUUCAAGUAGGUUUAUAGCCUCGUCUAAUGCACCUAGCUUGCGCACUUGUCCUUCAGGAUCAACAUCAAGUAGUGCACAACGAAGUCGUCAUCCUCCAGCUGUGUCCUUGAUUCGUUCAGCCGCACCAUCAGUAUUGAAGCUUUAGUGAUGGAUUUCUUUCAACACGAUGGAUUCAUAGACCAAAGAGGGGCGAGAGGGGUUGGCUGAAAAAGCUAAGUCCUAUUGCUUUUCAUGAUUUUGUUUUUUAAAUCAAGAAGGAAGCUGCUUAACGUGUGCAGCAUUUCUGUAUCUGUAAAUCAAACAAAUCUUAUGAUUGAUUUUCUGAUUAUUGUAGGACUUUUGUUUUAUUUAUUGUAUAAACCACACAUAUCCCUUCCCUAAUGAAAGUAUUUACAUAAAAUACCGGCUAACUUUCUCUCUUUCGAUUUUGGGUAAAAUACAUAAUGUUGUGGAUCCUCAUACAUUGCUUAAAUGUAUGAGAAAACUGUUUAGCCUAUAUUUAUGGAAAUAAAAGAUCAUAUUGGAUGA